AUGGCUGGAAACAGAACUCAAACAAUGCGGUGCAAUCUGAUGCAACUGCCUCACAAGGCUGCUACGAACAACACAGCUCGUUGUUCUUUGAAGUUCACAGUAACUUCCGAGGCAAACGUUGCAGUGAAUCCAUCUCGUAAACGGCGCUCAGAGAUGUCCAUUGAUGAUGACCAAUGGUGGAAAAAGCAGAAGAUGGGCUGCAAAGUGGCAGCUGAGUGCACUCAGCUUCUGAAAGGAUUGAUGGAUCGUAGAAUAGCACAGGGGUUCGCUAGGCCAGUCGAUCCAUUGAAGACUCCUCCUGAUUACUUCAAGAUGAUCAAGAAUCCAAUGGAUUUAGGAACAAUAAAACGUAAAUUGGAGAGGAAUAUGUACUCUGCUGCAAAUCAGUUUGCUGAUGACAUUGUGCUGACUUUCGGGAAUGCUAUGUUGUAUCACCCUCCUUCAUCUGAAGUUUAUCGCUUUGCAAGGCUAUUGGAUUGUAAUUUCAGGAGGAUGUGGGGAAUAUUGGCUGCAAAAUUGAAGCUAGUUGUAGAAAACAGUCAUCAAGUUAUGAAGCCAACAAUUGGCCUGAUCAAAGCUCCCAUAGCUGAAAAACGUGGCAGCUCAAGGCGCGUAUCAGUAGAGAAAAAAUUGAAGCUCGGACGAUUGAUUAAGAAUAUCAAGCCUGGAAAAGCAACACUGAAUGGCAGCACAUCUUUGAGCAAAACUGCGGACAAAGGUGUGAACCGUUGUCAAGAACCAGCUAUUGAUGCUCGUACUCGUGGGGUGGUUCCAAAUGAAGAAAAGAGUCCUUGCUCAACUCCUGCUGAAGGUGACCAAAUGUCGCCAAAGAAUGCUUUGCGGGCUGCAAUGCUCAAAAGACGUUUCGCUGAUACUAUCUUCAAAGCACAUCAGAAACUUUAUGAAAAAACAGGGAUUGAAGAACAAUUCGAAGCUGCUAAAAUGGCGUCUCGUGAGAGAGAAAGAAACGCUGCAAGGAUGGCACUAGAGAAGAUCAAAAAGACCGUUGAGAUCGAUAGUCCUCCAAACUUGCUGAGAGAGAUGGAUAUUCUAUUUGGUUGCUAUUCAAACCCCAAGUCAUUGGAGAGAAUUGGCUUUUACUUGAAGCAAAACUAUGUGGAAGAAGAUGAAGUAUAUGAGAAAGAAGAUUAA